ACCCCACGCGCUGGUCUGCUGAAAUGUGAGAUGUGCCGACGCAGCACCGCUUUGAAUGAAACACUCUUCGCCCACGAGCUGCUAGCAUCCGCCGGGGACUUCAUGCGGCUCUCCUUAACUCCCGCGGUCAGCCCGAGGGACUCCGAACUCCUUCAGGAAGAAACAUGGCCAAAGUGAACAGCGGUGCCUCCGGUUGUCGUGCCAUGGUGAAGGCAGGGAAGUACCUGUCGAGCCCGUCUUCGACGAGCCGGAAUUCCGGCCAGCGUCAGCGGGAGAUGUUCAGUCCACAGCUCCGAAUGAUGAGCGCUAACGCGGCCGGCACGGGAGGAAAAACCGCGGCUUUGGCCCAGCAGGAGCAGCUGGGCUAUUUCUCCACUGCAGACAGACGUUUGCAGGCCAACCGGAAUCUGAUUUACCGGGACGUGAAGGCUUUUCUCAAUGAAGUUGGUGGAAACCCUCGGGAGGCUCGGUACUGGCUGACUCAGUUCCAGAGGGCGACUUCGGCUCAGUCUACUGCCUUCGCUGUACUGGAGGUGGACAGCUCAGUUUUCGCCAGCAGGGAGAUGGUUCAGAGUCUGGCCUUCGGGCUCUCCUUCCUGCAGCGGAUGGAUAUGAAGCCUGUGGUGGUGAUGGGUCGGUCUGAGUACGAGCAGGCGGGGCCCACCGAGCCGGUGGCCUGGUCUCGCUGCACCCGAGGGCUGGUGGAGCGAAGCCAGCAGCUGACCGAGGCUCUGCAGCAGCACUCGGCCACCGUCCUGCCACUCUUCUCCGCUGAGUCCUUCCUCCUACUGCAUGAAGCCCCGCGUGGGAGCAGUGCUCCACCCUCCAUUGCCGUGGACACCAGCCUCCUCCAGUGGAGUCUGAACUGCGGGACCAUCCCACUGGUCUGUCCGGUGGGGCGGGACGGGCGAGGUUGCUCGGUAAUGCUGGACCCGACGGAUGUGACGGCAGCUAUCGCCCGAGCUCUGCAACCCCACAAAGUCAUGUUCCUGAACAACUCGGGAGGCCUCCGCAGCCAAGAAAACAAGGUGCUGGACACGGUGUCGUUGCCUAGCGACCUGCCCAGUCUGUCCACGGCGGCGUGGCUGAGCGGCGCAGAGCGGCGCAGAGUGACGGCCAUAGCCCGACUCCUCAACCAGCUGCUGACGGAGUCGUCCGCCGUGAUCACCUCGGCGGACACGCUGCUGACCGAGCUGUUCAGCCACAGAGGGUCGGGGACACUCUUUAAAAAUGGAGACCCGAUACAUCGGUACAGCUCUCUGGAUGGGAUUGAUGUAGACCGUCUGCUGGCUCUCAUCAAUAAGUCGUUUGAUAAAACUCUGAGGAAAGACUACGUCGACUCCCUGAAAGGACGACUGCACUCCAUCUACCUCUCUGAAGGCUACAGCGCGGCAGCCAUCGUCACCAUGGAGCCGGUGAACAGCGGCACCCCCUACCUCGACAAGUUUGUGGUGAGCAGCAGCAAGCAGGGCCAGGGCACCAGCCACAUCCUGUGGGAGUGUGUCAGACAGGACCUGGGCAAACUGUUCUGGAGGUCCAGAGCCACCAAUAGGAUCAACCCCUGGUACUUUAAACAUUGCGAUGGCAGCUUUGUGAAUGGGGCGUGGACUGUCUUCUGGUUCGGUCUGACAGACAUUAGAGAUUCCUACGAGCUGGUAGAGUAUGCCAAGGACCUCCCGGACUCUUUCCACGCCUGCGCGCCUCCCACCUCCCCCGCCGGAUCCUGAACCUCCCUCCUCCCGGCGGCGGUGGCGGCGGCUGCUGCUGCCUCGUGUAGCCCUUCAACUCCGCUUACGGAUAUUGUUUACACUUUUUUUCUUUGCAAUGACUGGACUUUCCUUAUACCUUGAAACUUGAAAACCAAAGCUCCAGUGAGAAUGUCAUACAUGCAGGGUUAGGGUCAGGGUUUUAGACAAGCUAUAAAUCACCCCUCUAUCUUUAAAGUUAUAGUUAGCUCAAAGUGCGAUUAGAGCGGAGGGUUUCAGAGGCAAGCUCACGUUGCUAAGAAACACACGCCAUGUACACGCUACGGUUUCUCUAUUUUAAAAGGCAACUUUUGCGCUC